AUGGCUGCCAAAUCUUCAAAAGACUCUCUGAACGCGGGCAAUCCUAACCAGACACUCUUUCUCAAGAAUCUUCCCGAGAAGAUCAACAAGAAUGAGCUGAAACGCGCCCUGUACAUGCUCUUCACCACGUACGGUCCCGUCCUCGACGUAGUCACAAAUCGCAUUGGAUCGAAAGGGCAGAGCAUGCGCGGACAGGCCCACGUCGUCUUCCGUGACAUUCAGACAAGUACACAAGCCAUGCGGGCUCUACAAGGAUUUGAUUUCUUCGGCAGGGAAAUGGUUAUCGUCUACGGGAAAGGCCAAUCGCAUAUCGUCCCGAAACUUCGAGGCACCUUUGAACCUCCUACAACUGCUGCAGGCGCUGCCUCCGAGAGCACCGCUUUACAGAAUUCUAUCUUCAAUGCUCCACCGUCUGGAAUUUCGACGAAGCCUGCCGAGACCGGGGCCAAACCCACUGGAACAACUCCCGAUGGCGCGCCACACGGCACGAAACGACCAAGAGAAGAGGAAGAGGAAGAAGAGAGCGAGGUUGAAAUGGAAGAAGACGAGGAUGAUGCUCCAAUGGAGGAAGAUGAGGAUGAUUAA